CAAUUUUAAUUAUUAUGACAUUUGUGAGCUAAAUAGAUGUGUAUCAAUAACAGUGUUUAAUGUUAAACUACUUCAAGAAAAGGUAAAAUUUAAACUAAACCAGUAACAGUUAUGAAUAAACAAACGGAUUGCUACUAAAACGUGUAAGUGCUGUAAACAAAGCUGUCUCCAAAGAGCAGAUACUUCCAGCAAACUCGCCACGAUCGCAAACACAACAAACAAAGCUCCAUUCAACAAGCAUUAACCCGCAGUCUCCGCUAGCUUGCAUGUAUGAAUAACAUCAAUGCUUCCGUUAGAAGCGAACCUAAGAUGUGACUGAAGACAAACAUAAGACGGAGAGCCUGUGACAGAACGUAGCAAAGCCGCAAACUGAACGGAGAAUGCAAGUGCACUUUUUGCCUCACCAAAACCAGCAACAACUAUGUACUUAGCAAACAGCAAUGCACUACUCUUGACGGGGCAUCGAUCCUCGGAAAGGCAUUCGCUUCGAGUGGUCACAUUUUCGAACACUAGUUUACUGUAUAACAGUUAACACAUAGCGUAUUCUCCCACAUUCGCCGCCGGCUGCGAGUCUGCAGCCAAAGGAAGCAACAACAAAAAAAAACACGCAGAGAGCCGAGUGAGACUGAAUGGUUUUAAUAUAAAACCGUUUCUUGGAUACUAUUUCAACAUCGCAGCAGCUGAGCCUGCUCAGUUAUGUUUUUUCUCUGCUCGAGUGAGGUGCAAAUUCCGAAAGCGGCAGUUCCGGCGAAUAGCAUAUGCGGAUCGUGUUUGUGAGGCUGUUAAUCAAAAGUGAAUUUUUGAACGCAUAGCGAAGAACGAAACGAAACUUGUUUUGGUGAUUUACGGAAUUGGAUUUGGCGAAGAGAUUUGAAUGCUAUUCAACUUGUGUGUAAAAGUGGAAAUUUUUGGCCUCUCCGCAGAUUCUUGUUUCGUGAUUUGCUGAAACGGUCCAAUUAAGUAGUUAAUUCCGGCGGAUGCGGGUUGUGGAUAAAGACUGCUCGCUUUCAGUGCUUCCUUUACAAGUAAUAUGAUGUCUGUGAAGUCGAAAUUGUGUGUUACCCAAAAACAAAGCAGCUAAAAAGAAAAAAGAUUCGUAUGAUCUGGGCAAGAUUAAAGCAAAACUAAAUUGAUUGAGGCCAAGUGUGUACACCGUUGGGAAAUAGUGCUCAGGAAAUUUGUGUGAAAUUGUGUCUGACAGUGAAGGGAGAAACGAGACCAUUCGAAACGCAUUGUACCGAUUUUUGGUCAUUGUUCCGUUCGAAACACAACAGCGACAGUAAAAGCAACCGUCCAUUAACAUGAAUCCGCUCAAUUCCGUGAUGCUGUCAACGGUGGAGAUGUCGAAUCUACUUCCACUGGCAGCCAUCGUCGUUUGUGUUGGGGCCAUGAUCAUGUUUCUUGCCAAGGCUGCCGUUAUAUUGCGUGUACAGGCCGACGACGUGAUACGACCUUCGUCUAUGAUUGCAAAUCACAAUGUACCAGUGCCACGAUUGAAAAUGACUCGUGUUCAUAUACCGUUUACUUUUCGCCUUUUGGAGACCGGAAAUAACUCCUUUGAAGAAAUUCGAUUAGCUGUCUCCAGUCAGGUGAAUUACAGCCUACAGGCGUUUUGGGCUGUUUCGAUCCGGGAACUGCACAUGUCUUUAUGGAGAACCUGGAGCGAGCUACGAGAUCAAACAAGACAUUCAACCAUAGUCAAUUCGACUCAUUGCCAGCAACUGGCUACUAAUGUGAGGUGUCAACCACCUCACAGCGAAAAUGUUGUGGUUUUAAAAUCGCCAAAGCCACCCCUAGUGCUCGGCGCACCACCGCGACUGGCCUAUCCACUAGUAGUGUUUAUGAUUCGCGAAAUGGAAAGCGGGGAACUGCUGCAUCCAGAUGAAACGGUCAUUCUCGUGAAUGUAGUGCAUCUGAGAGACCCGGUUUGCCCUCUGCCAACGUCCAUACUUGCUCAGUAUCUGAAGCAAGCAAGCGGACAAUUAUCAUGCUUGAAGCAACUGUACCUUGCUACUGGUGAUCCUACGUCUUCAGAUGAUGGAAAUUGUAGUCAAAUUUCUGGAUCGCUAUCGCUGGCCGAACCAGUGGCGUGCGCCGACAAUACCGGUCCACUGUUGUGUAGUGACUCGACACUGAGAGACUGCCCCGGGAUCGAGCAGCUAUGUGUAGUGUGCCAUUAUUUUCCCCUAUCUCGAGCAUUGCUACCUUGCCGACAUACGUGCAUCUGCGCGGUCUGUUUUAACAAGCUGGACCGCUGUCCCAUGUGUCGAUCCGCGAUUACAAGCUAUUUCUGCAUCCGGACUGAAGAUUACGUUCCACCGAGCACCAUCGAGCCUAAGGUAAACAGCAAAUCCAAAAUGCCCGUUCAUUGGCUGGACGCACUGAAUGAUAGACUAACAGAUUUUCUAGGAUUUAGAUAACACGCUUUAGUAGGCGACACGAAAACUGAUGUGAUUAGAAUGUGAAAUUGGAAACGAGAAAAAACAAAGUUUCACGCCCUUUGGCAAUGAUUGAUAUCAAAUUUAAUUUGUUGGACAUGCGAGACAAUGCGAGAUGAUAAUUUAUGAUCGAAAAAAGUACGAAUCGAGCUGAUUCUAGCAAUUUACUACUACUGUGACUGAUGAACCUGCAACACGUGUCUGUAUGAUGGGGAAGAAUAAGCGUUUGUGUACAUCGCCGGCGAUUGGAAACACGAGAGGUACGAUUCUGUAGUGCUUGUUUUUGUCAUUUUAAUAAGUGCAAGUUGACAAGUAUGUGAUAGACUGUUCUCAUUGUAUGAUUCGACCUUUUUUAUUUUAUUUAUUCCUGAUCCACGAAAUUUUGAUCUACCCACGCAAGCAUCUCUCAUUGUGGUUCGUCACAGUUUGUUUGCAAUUGCUUCAUCAGCUGGAAUCUUACUAGAGCAAAUUUUAUUGAAAGAGUAUGAUAUUUACAUAAGCUUCCAUGUUUGGAACUAGUAUAAUUUGAUUCACAAGAAAUAAAAAUAAAAUCUUUGUUCAAUCAUGUAUCAUGGUUAGAACAACACUUAAGUAUGGACAAAAUACGUUAUUUUAUUCUUAUAUGUAGCUUGUUGCUCUAGUAGGGUUCAUAAAUUUCCAUCUAGCUCUAGUGCAUGUCUAGUAAAGCAUUUUCUAUAAGAAUUUUAUCCUUUCAGUACCGUGUAACGGUAAUGUUUUACAACAUAACGCUAAUAAAUUAUUCACGUACUAUUAAUAUUUUUCCUUUCCUGUAUGUAUUUAUACGCGACCAACACUACUAAACAAAUGUGAUUUCCAAUUUCAAACUCGUUUAAAUGGUUCACCUGCGUUAGGACAUAGCUGAUCAAGCAUCCCUUUUAAAUACAGUUCACCUAGGUUUUACCCCCAUCAAUCCGAAGAAAUAGCAAAAUUGUAAUGUAAGGAACUUAUCGUAUUAGUGAGAAACAAUAAAAUCAAACAAAUCUA